AUGGGAGCCCCCUGCCCCCCGAGAGCCAGUGCCCUUCUCCUGCUGGUGGCCACACUGCUCCUCCAAGGAGCCACGGCCCUGGAGUGCCACAGCUGUGUGGAGCGCGGCGACGGCGGCUGCAGCCCGGAGAAGAUGAAGACGAUCUUGUGUCCUGACAACACCCAACUGUGCAUGGAAACCGUGGCAGCCGUGAAAUGGAGCCAUGGGCAGUUCCUGGUGGGCGAGAAGGGCUGUGGCCUGGGCAGACCGGGCACCAACGACAAGGGCGUGGACCUGCACGGCAUCUUCGCCUUCUCCCAGGUGCACAACUGCAACAGCAGCCGCUGCAACUCCCGGCUGGACAUCCAGGCCAUGGCGCUGCAGCCGAUGGGGAACGAGAGCGCCCGGGUGCCCAACGGGCUGGAGUGCUACAGCUGCCAAGGCAACGAGGCCUGCUCCCCCGACAACGCCAGGGUGGUGAAGUGCUACGACGGGUACCAGGGCUGCUUCCACGGCAACGUCACCAUGAGAGUCGGCAACUUCUCCCUGAGCCGCCCCAUCAAGGGCUGCGUGCAGAACAAGGACUGCACCAAGGAGGCGAGGGGCAGCGCAGCCGUCAACCUGGUGGGCUCCUGCUGCUCUGGCCGCCUCUGCAACAGGGACCUGGCCAACAAGACCUUCUUCGCCCCCAACAUCCCCCCGCUGGAGGUCAUGCCCGGCCCCGGGGCCAACACCACGGGCGCCAACGCCACAGCUAAUGCCACAGCCACUGCCACGGUCACCGCCAUGGUCGCUGCCGCCACCACAGUCACUGCCACUGCCACUGCUGCCACGCCCCUGCCACCGGACCACCGGGACCAUGAGGACCACGAGAACCACGAAGACCUCAUCCGGGACGACCGCCACGUCACCACGGCGGGCGAGCGGCGGAACAACCCAGGCGUCAAGCUGCCAAGCGGCGGGAAGGGGGGUGCGGCGGGGCUGAGCGCCUCAGCCUGGCUGGUCUUGCUCGGGUCCACCUUGCUCCUGUGA